CUCAAGUCAACUGAGCAAGUCCAGUAUUUUUAGAUGUACCGAACAUGAUGACUUCUGAAGCUUAUUUUAAUAGUAUAACAGAUGACAUCCCGGCAAACAUUUGAAAGAGUAGAAAAACUGCUGCAGAGUUUGACAAGAACCGGAACAGCUGCCAAUAAGGAUUUCCACUCCCACUCCAAUAGACAUUGCCGGUGUGGUGUCUGGCGAUGGUGCCUUCCUCCCCCUCUUCCAAUUUUUGAAGCUGCAAUUUCCUCUGUUCUGAUUUCUAGUUGACCACCCUUUUGAAUCCAAGUUGAAUUUUUUACAUGCUAAAACUGGGUGUUGGUUGGAUCCGAAUCGGAUCGCAGAGGAGCAGAGCAGAGCAGCUUGGUUGCCGUUGCCAGGUACCGACUUCUCUCGUAUUAUUUCUUGAGAACCUUUACAGUGCCCGCAAAUCAACACGAGCUCUCCAUUUCUUUCCAUCUAAUGGUUCAGAUAGUACUCUAUAUUAGCGAAAACUCCUACUACUAGUAUGCUAGCAUUUGUGGCUAGUAUUAGCAGUUUGAGGAUAUUAUUAGAAAAAAAAGUAAUGAUAUGGAAGUAAUUUGGGCUAGGUAUUAACAGAGGAUUGUUUUUUUUUAGAUCGAAGCCCUCGUUUCAUUCCCUUAUUCAUCUCUAUUCUUCCAUGGUACCGCGACGGCGAUGGCCAAUUAGGGCAGACCAGUCUCCUUGCUUCCCCUCCGUCGCCGCCGCCACCACCACCUAGAGAAACACGGCCACCCCCUCCACUUCCCUCCCAUAGCCGCCAAAGCCACCCGCACCCGCAUUGGUUGUGUCCUGGCCUCAGCGACGGCUGCCGUGCCGCCACGCUCCAUGUCGUCAUCGACACUGCCAUGCAACUGCUCGCGCACUUGAGCCCCACGGGAACCUCUGUGCUCGUUGAGGGCGUCGAUUGGGCGAUACGAUCUGCGGUAGGGAAGAUUGUGGCGGGGCGGUGGUUCUAGGUGUAGGUUGGGCUAGCGGUGGUUGCGUGCAUUGGUGGCAGUGACGGUUGGCCGAUUAGGGUAGUCAGUUGUGCGUCAAUCGGCCAGUGGCACAAGGUGUAGCACGGAGAGUGCAAUGGCCGCGUGCAUCGGCUUGGCCGAAGGUUAGCCGCCGCUACCGAUUAUCAACCAUGACUUUCGGAUCCGACGGCUGGAGCAAGAAGAACCCUAAGUCCAGCGGCAACCAAGCCUGGAACUUGUAUUGCAUCCUCAUCGCAUAUGGAAGCAGCCUUGGCGAGGGUACCAUGGAUGACUUACUGUCGGUCUUGGCUGCGCGCAGCCACAUCGUCUUCGACGGGUUCCACCCUUCCAUUGUGCUCGUGGAGCUUGGCGAAUGUGUUUUCAGCUGCGCGUGUGGGCGUCUUCCUGCCAGGCCGUGGGCGUUAGCGCCGUGGCAGAAGAUGGUGAGCAUGUCCGUGUCGCUUGGUUUCACCUCUGGCUCCAACUGCGGCAUCGCGACUGCAGUCUCUGGCAUUAUCAAGGUCAGGCGUGCCAAGAUCGCCAGCACUCCCAUGGAAUGCAGCAAGAACUGAACAACUAUUGUCAUUGUGCAACUACGAGAGCGGUUGGUGCUAAUAGAAGAUCCGUAUGGAGGAAAGGAAGGAAUACUAUAUUUCGGUGAUGCUGAAUUUCAACUGUGUUUCGCGGAUCCAAAACUUGGCUUUCGAACUGUGUAUUGUAUAACUUUGAAUAUAUCGUUCAUGAGCGUGCCAGUAUACCAUCAUAUACAAAAGAAAUAUCAGAGCAAUGUAAUAGAAAAAUGGAGCUUUAUUCAUUCAUUACUGAACUCAUAAAGUACAAGUUUCAUCGAUUACAA